AUGCGCGAACAAAUCGAUUCCACCACAAAAGAGCACCGGACCUGGACAGACUCUGUCAGAACGACGCAGAAUUCCCAAGCAUCAAUACACAAACAAGUUGAUGGCAUUCAGAAGGAAUGUGAAGAAUUCAAAAAGUAUACAGAAACUGCGCAAGAGAAACACGCAGAUUCGGUCACGAAGCAGUUGGAUGCGUUUCGAUCGGAGUACGCAGAUUCGGUCACGAAGCAGGUGAACGUGUUUCGAUCGGAUUACGCAGAUUCGGUCACGAAGCAGUGGGAUGCUUUUCGAUCGGAGUACGCAGAUUUGAAAGCAUCCACAAGAAAGAAUCAGGACGAACAUCAGCACUCUGUUGAUGGACGGGUUGACGCCCUGAAAUCACAAAACAAGGCUCUGGAAGAAUCGCUUCAGGAAAUGAGAAAAGAAUUGACAAAGCUCUCCAACGAUCGGGAUUCCCUUGCCUCGACGACAGAGCAACUGCAAACGGACAUGCAGUCUAUAGACGCCGAAUCGCUCAAGUCCCAAGUUAAUACUGUUUCGUCAAAUAACAAAGAGUUCGGAAAUUCACUCCAACGGUUGCGGAACGGGUAUGCGGAACUCAUCACCUCUCACAACUCUAUCGUUUCAACAAUGCAGAAGCAUAGACAGGCGUCCAAGUCACCCAAAAUCGAUGAGAUCAAUAAACAAAUUAUGAAACUUCAUCCAAAAUACGAGGACCUGUUUGAGUCAGUCGAGCAAUUGGAAGAUGCAUGUCGCAGUGCUCACGAGAAAGUUCAAACACAUACUGAACAGAUAGAGUAUUUGCAGUCCACUCUCGACGAUGUUACCAUCACAGACACUUCAGAUGUCAACCAAUUCUACCAACUGGAAGCCGCUAUCAACGCGAACGCAUCUAGGAUGAAACGUCGAGUGGAAGAUGUUGACCAUUCGAUCAAACGCCAGGAGCAGAUCACGUCAACGUUCGAAUCCAGUCGUCUUGAGCGCCUCAGUCGCAUGAGCAAACGAAGCCUCCUCCGAAACGCCAAACGAGCCUCUGAAUGGGUGUUUGCAGGUGGGCUCGCGGGUUUUGGGGAUCGCGAUCGCUGGGUGCAGCCGUUCAUUCGGCAUGCUGAGAUCGAUUUCGAUACAAGCCGCAGGGACGGUGAAUAUUCACUUUCGAGGAUUUUGCGUGAGGAGGUAGGGAUGGCAUUAGGCGAUUCUCGAUGGACGGACAACAGCGAUGAAGACGAUACGUGGAAUGGAAGUGAGGAAGUGGACGAUACAGCAGAAUCCGCGCGACAAUUCUGA